UUCAUUUCUUACCAGCCAGAAUGCCGCCAAAGCCACCAGAUGUCGAAGCCAGGAUUUUGAACGCCCUACGAGCCGCAAACCAGCAAGAAAAGCCCAACAUUGCCGCCCUAUCUCGCGAAUACGACGUGCCCGUCAAGCGCCUCCGGAAACGGUACAAGGGCAACCUUGCUACCAAGUCUGUUCACAAAGCUCUUGAUGAGUUCCAAGAAGAGGCCCUGCUGGACUGGAUUCGUUUCAUGGACAAGUGCGGGCUUUAUCCGACCAGGGCCACUGUCGAAGACUCGGCCAACGAGCUCUUAUUAGCCAUGGCCGAAGACGGCGAGGCGGAGGACGCGCCCACUGUGGGUGCCCAGUGGGUUGAGAGCUUUUGCCAACGGACUCAAAUCCUUGCACAGCUUAGACAAAAGGUUGAUGAUGAAGCGGAUGCUGUUCCAGGGCCGAGGGCAAUAGGGUCAUAUUUCAGGAAGUUUAAGGCAGUGAGAGACGAAUUUGACAUCCAACCGUCUGACAUAUGGACCAUGGACGAAGUCAUUUUCAGAAUCGACGGCAAAAACAAGCCUACGACCGGCAAUGGCCCGUCCCUCACCGUCAUCGAAGCCGUCAACGCGAGCGGCGAUACCAUUCCUCCCCAGAUCGUCCUACCUGGCAAGAGAAUGAUGUGUUCUUGGUUUGACAACGAUUUACCCGACGACGCCCUCGUAGCUUGUUCUGAUACCGGCCAUACCGAUGAUAUCCAGGCUUUGAACUGGAUAGAGCACUUCGCCAUGCGCACGGAGCGAACGAGGGCUGGGAACCACAGUAUAUUGAUUCAUGAUGGCACCAAGCACGAUUCAUACACAACCUUCCAAUCUCUGUUGUUUUGUGAAAAGCACAACAUCAUCCCUUUCAGCUUGCCCUCGAAUGCUUCCCACAUCCUCCAUCCCCUCGAAUGCUUCCCACAUCCUCCAUCCCCUCGAAUUCGGCGUCCUUCAGUCAUACAGAUGUUGGCACUGAAUAGCCGUCAGCGAAGCAGCUUCCCAAGGCUGUGAUCGUUUCGACAAGAACGAGUUCAUGGCUGCCCUCAACGGCGUCAGAGAGAAGACCUUCAAGAAGGAUGAUAUCAAGCAUGGCUUCGAAGCUGCCGGGCUUGUGCCAUACAACCCCAAGAUGGCUGUAGAACGUCUUGAAGGCUACAAACCUGGCGAUGAACUCUUGAGCGACGAAGAUGAGGAUGGAAGUUCGGAACCUAUGACUCCACCCACCCAUCACCGCCUCUCUACCCCUACGCCUCCCUCCGACCUUUCCAGUUCCCCUAUCCCAUCUUCCCCUAGCUAUAUUCCGCCCACUCCGAGAUCUUAUCGCUCCCUGGUCAAGUUGGGUCGAAAGCUGGAAGCCGAUCCGCCUGUCCUUACGCCAGCCCAGAUGAAGAAUUACUUCAGGAGCUUUGGCAAGGGUAGUAUGAUACAAGCAUAUCGUGGUCAAUUGACUCAAAAUUACCUGAAACGGGAGGAGGAGAAGGCUGCUGCUGAUGCUAAAAGGAUUGAAGAAAUACAAGCGCUCUGAGCUUAUCGUAGAGCUCGAUGCUGGCUUUGCCCCCAAGGAGGUCACCCCGAAACGGAGAACGCCGGAUGAGGUGGCCUUUGUGAAUAAUCAAGGAUAUACGCAAAUGAGAAACUCGUGGGGUUCUGGCAGUGAUGGUGGAAGAGGGAGCAUAAUCAAGAGGCCAGGAGGUCGUAUCAGGGUCGCUAGGUCAGUGUCUUGCAUGAUUGAUGCCCGUCUCCUCGUUCGGAUCCGACUCGAAUCACUUCUGCAGCUGUUCAAGUGAAUAAGGGCUGCUAUGCAUGUUUAAACAUCGCGACGUCCCAUCGCCGAGGCGUCAUCCGUCAAUCUCGCGGAUUCCUCUUUUUCUGGCUGGGUACUGGAUGUUUGAGAGAAACCUGGGUCGGGGAGCAAGUACAGGGCUAGCGUCAAAGAUAUCACGAGAAGGACGCAGAAGACCCCGAGGGCUAGUGUGGCUAGGCGAUGUAUUGGAGUUAGUACGAGCGCAGCACGCAUGAGGAAAGAAAGAGGGUAUCUAUCAACUUACCGCUGACACUCAUGGAUGGCCGCGUACCAGAUAAAGUCAGUCGAGUAGAGGUAACGAGACCUACUUUUCAAUGUACCCUUGCGCAUCAUGCAUUGUCAGUCAGGCUGGG